AUGGAAUCUGGUCCUUCCGAUAUUUAUGUUUCAUGUAAUUUUUCUACAGAUAACAAUGAUAAGGAUACACAACUUACAAAGCUACAUGAAGAUCUUGCCGCAAUUUCUAUAGAAUGGCAGGAUAAAAAAGGUGAAGAUAUUUACAGGCUACGAAUGGCUUUACAACUAAUGAUUCAAACAGAAAGAGAAAGAAUUGCCAGAAUUGAAUCGGUUCCACAAGAUACCAUUAUUAAUGAACAAAGAACCCAAAUAAAUCGAAUUGCUCCAAAUACGAAAAUUAGAUGUCAAAUUAA